AUGUCGGAGUUGUCGAUAGCUGCUUCUACUGAGAAUACAUCAACGUCCCAUUCGAUGCUUUCCGGUGUUGCAUUCUGGACCCUUGUUCCUCGGAUAGUCCGCGGCCUCAAUCACCUGUCCCUGCUCUUCUCCUAUAGUGGCCUUUAUCCCGAAGUAAGGUACUACCUCCAACAGGGGCAGAAGAUUGCAACAGCCGUUGGGGCUGCGUCUCUCAACAGUCAAACCACCGCGCUUCUUGGGAAUUAUUUGAUCCGCAGUGGAGGGGUUGAUGAAGGUGUGUUGCUGGUACAGCAAGCAGAAAAUCUAGUCUCCGGACUUCCGCGCGAUCGACACUAUGCGUCUUUGCAGCUCUUUUUGGCUUCUCAUCAUACCAAACAGGGCGAAUUGAGAGCUGGAAAAUCUGCUAUUGGCGUUGCAGAAUCGACAAUUGAGAAUCUGGUGGCAAAGAGCUUCGUAGACAGCUUAAUCCAAAGGCGCUCAACGGCAACAACUCUCGAGAUCGACAUGAGUGCACUGACUCUACAAGGGGCUAAACCGGCACGACCGCCUCAAAGAAGACAACAGCAGAGCAUCUCGAAGAGGCCCCAGAGCAAGUCAGUCGCACAACGUGACUCUUCAAACUCAUCACCGGAGGAAGCUCCGGCAGUCGAGGUGUUUGCCUUGCACCGUAUGAGAGGCGAGAUUAUUCGAGCGCGCAUAUAUGCAAAGAUGUCUGAAGGCGGUCUCGAAGCAGCCGCUUCGCUGUUGAACGAGAGAAACGCUCACACUCGAGACCAGCAGGACCUAGUGCUGCAAGCUCUACUUGCAUCACGAGUACACUUUCGCCAAGGACUCGAGCACUUCGUCAGCGACCCCGUCUUCUGCGUUAUACCCGAGUCUACCAUAUCGUGUCCAGCAAUCAAAUCCUGUAAUAGCGACAGACAGGAUAAGCAGAAUAAAUCUAGCAGCCCUCCAAAGAGCAGAAGCGCUGCAUUUUCAAAGUGUGCCACAGGCAAGGCGUUGGCGAGAAAGAUCAAACCCAGAAGCCUGUCCCUGGCCAAGGAUGAAGCUAAAUUCCUUCGUGUUGCGCAAGACGAAAUAAGUAAUGUCUUCCGAUCAGCAACGACCUCCUCUUCUACGGCAAUUGUGCAUGAGAUAUCUGAUGUGCUUGGGAAGAUACUCAUGGUACUAUCUGCUGUUUCGUCGGCAAGUUCAAGAGCUUCGAUUCCACCUGGAGUUCUGUCAUACUUUCUAGAGGUGGGCAGAAUGCUUUCGAUGACAAGGGAAUCUUUGGCUAUUCAGGUGGAGUGCAAAUUGCCUAACGGAAAAGAUACGUUCGAUUGGCCAAACGACAAUGCAGUUGAGGGUCAAGAGAGAGCCCAGGUGCAUGACAAAAUCGAACUUUCUACCUUUCAAGCUGAAUAUAUCGACAUCAUACCCCAGGAUUGGCGUGUUGUAUCCAUGACUCUGAGUCAGGAGCGAGAUGAGAUCCUCGUUUCCAAACUACGCUCUGGUCAGACACCGUUCAUCCUAAGGCUUCCACUAAAUCGGCACAAUUCCUUAGACCAGGAUGAGGAAACCUUUGGAUAUGAUCAAGGAAAAGCGGAGUUGCAAGAUCUUAUCAGUCUUGCCAAUAUUUCGGCCCAUAGUGCACAAGACCUGUCCCGUAAAGGAGCCAAGACCGAGUGGUGGGAGAGAAGAGCUACCCUUGAUGCCAGGUUGAAGGAUCUUCUUACCAAUAUGGAAACCAUUUGGUUCGGGGGGUUCAAAGCUGUAUUCUCACAAACGGCGCAGAAUCCGGCUCUCUUGUCACGCUUUCAGCAAUCACUCCAGAACAUUUUGGAUAAGCAUCUACCAUCUCGGCAGAGAUUGGGACGGGGAGGCCAGUCAAAUCGCGUGGCGCUAGAUUUACGCGUGCUCGAGCUUUUUGUCGGCCUCGGAAAUCCGAGCGACUCUAACGACUUGGAUGAGCCUUUGGUGGAUCUUCUGUACUUCGUGGUCGAUAUUCUGCAAUUUAAUGGCGAACGUAACGCUUAUGACGAAGUUGAUUUCGACUCAAUUGUGAUCGACAUCACCGAUGCCCUUCGGCACUACCACCAAGCUGUUGAGAACGAGCAAGGCAGUGAGUCGGAAAAGCAUACAAUACUCAUUCUGGACAAGCAUCUCCACUGCUUCCCAUGGGAAUCACUGCCGUGCAUCAAAGAUCACGCUGUGUCUCGGCUGCCUUCUCUCGGAUGCUUAAGGAAUAGGAUCCUACAACAAAAGCCGAAUCCAACAAGUUCCGAUGGCCGGAUAUACGCCAGUAGAAAGAACGGAGCAUCUGUACUGAACCCAGGAGGUGAUCUGACGUCUACCCAAGGCAAGUUCGAAGAGCCCCUGCAGGAGCUUUCAGGCUGGGAAUGCAUCGUUCAGCGAGAGCCUACCGAGGCCGAAAUGGUGACCUGCUUGGAGAGCAACGACAUAUUUCUGUACUUUGGACAUGGUAGCGGUGGGCAGUACAUACGGUCUAGGACCAUUAAGAAACUCGGCAAGUGUGCUGUAGCUCUGUUGAUGGGCUGUAGCAGUGGAGCGCUGACCGAAGCCGGGGAAUUCGAGCCUUACGGAACGCCGAUGAACUACAUGCAUGCUGGAUGCCCUGCGAUGCUAGCAACGCUUUGGGAUGUGACGGACAAAGACAUCGACCGUUUUUCUCAUAGCGUUUUGGAAAAGUGGGGUCUUUUCGAAGGCCGUCAGCCGCCUUUAUCAAGCAGUCCAGUCAAGAAAGGAGCGAAGCAAAAAGGCAAAGGCAGAGCCAAGAAUGCUGAGAAGGUUGGGAGGGAUGAGAGCAAAGCAGUAUCUUUGGAUCAGGCCGUCGCGCAAGGUCGAGAUUCUUGUAUAUUGAGGUAUCUAAAUGGAGCAGCGCCUGUCGUGUAUGGUGUACCUGUGUAUCUUUGUUGA